AUGACCAGUAUUGUAACGGCACCGGACGGUGCUAGAUUCACGUUAUUUUUCUCGAUACGAAGUCCAUUUUCAAACUUUCAUCCAUGUCGAAUGACUAUCAUCGACCAAAAUGAAGACAGUAACUACACUACAAUAUUUUUCAAUUCAACUGAACAGUAUUACAUGUAUCAUAAAGCAAUUUCGUUUGGUGAUCUGGAAAUUGCCGAUCAAAUACUCAGGGAACGAGAAGCGCGGAAAAUUAAAGCGCUUGGAAGGAAAGUGAAGAAUUUCGAUGCAAAUAAAUGGAACGAUAUUUGUGAAGACGUAAUGCGACGUGGUAACACUGAAAAAUAUACGCAGAACGAUGAAUUACGCAAGAAGUUAUUCUGCACUCACGGAAGUACAUUGGUGGAAUGUUCACCAAACGACAAGAUUUGGGGAAUUGGGAUGAGUAUCUUCGAUCCAAACGCCGUUGAUCCAUCGAAGUGGCGUGGUCAAAAUAAACUCGGACACAUUUUGACGAGAAUUCGUGAGGAUCUUUGGAAGAAACCGGAAUAUGCCCAGGAGGUGAAUGAAAUUGUGGGAAUGUUGAAAAAUUUCGAUGUGAUCGCAUGUCGACUAUUUCCACCACCAAAAGCACCGCAACGUCCAAUCAUAUCCCAGUCACCGUCUCCUUUCAUUCCCACAUCCACUCCAAGUAACAAUUCUCCGUUUCUGCCUACCGAUACCACUCAAAUGAUGAUGUUCGCAACACCCAUUCAAGCACAGUCACCAUUCUCAAUACCGUUGCCGCCUGAAACACGGCCGAAAAGUCCGAAUGCUGCAGAUUAUACGAAGUCUUCACCUAUACCCGAAAGCUUUUAUUGCUUCGAGAAAGAUCAAUCGAAAACGUUAAAUAAUAUCAUUCCUCCCGCAUCGAUUGAGAAUUCAACAAAGAUAGAAGAUGAGUUGUCGUACGAAGAAGAGAAACGAAGUGCAAGACGCAAUGGCAAGAAGGGUGAUGAACAACACGUGUUGAUGUCAAAAGAUGACUCUUCAUAUCGCUAUGCUCAUCAACAACAACAAUAUCCGCACUCAGCACCCAGACGCGGAAGGAAUCCAGAACCGAAAAGAAGACGUUUCGAAGGAGCAGACGAUGGUGAACCAAAACGUCCGCCGUCAACGUCUUCGUUUCAUCACUACCACAAUCUCAGAAGUCAUCAUUAUAAACGGAGUCGACGAAGUGCAUCCUACUCAUCAUCAAUGUCAUCGUCAAUAUCCUCUGAGUCAAGAAGCAGGUCGAGAUCUGGGUCAAGGCGAAAAACUCGCAAAGAAAGUGAUGAUACGGGAAGGAGAAGAUGGCGAAGGAACGAAUACGAAAGUCGACGACGAAGAAAAUCGUCGGUUGACGAUGAGAGCAGAUAUAUGAGUAGUAAGCAACGUUAUGAUUCAAGAACGAAUGGUCGCAGUGGCAAUCGGAAUUUAUCAGAUUCUGAUGGUGUUGCUUCAGCAGACAUUCGUCACAGUCAACGAAGGCGACAUCAAAGAAGAAGAAUGCACUCUGCAACUUCUUCCUCAUCGACAUCGGAUUCGUGUGCAGGCCGACGCUCUCCAAAACGAAAUAAUCAUUCGAAGCGUAGUCGUUUAACCAGUACUGAAUCAAAACAGUCGUUGAACGGGAAUGCAACGAAUGAGAAUACGGAGAGAAGGGUUGAAGAGGAUGACGUUAGACAUGGAGAUGAAUUUACGAGUUUAUUGCAAAAGUUACGUGAAAAACCGAGUGGUUUAUGGGAGAAGAGGAAUACGAGCGAAAAUGCCAUGUUCGUAUGCCAAUAA